AUGAUCGUUGCGAUUCUUUUUUGUCUCUUCGCUCCGACUACUUCCCAGCAGAAGAAAACUGUGACAGUCGGAAUUGCAGCUGUAGAAGACGUGCUUCCGAAUUUUAUGGGGUUUUCAGUGAGCGGCGGUGCUAUCGGUCUAGCUCUUGACCGAAUGCAGUCGGAGGGCAUAACUUACGGAUGUGACUUCAAGUUUCUGGUGAACUACACUGAAUGCAGUUCUGUGAAGGCUGUUGGAGUGGCAUUGGAGUACAUGGUGAAACAGAAGGUGGAUGUCGUUAUUGGUCCUCCUUGUCCAGCACCAGCCGAGAUGAUUGGAUACUUGUCAACAUAUUACGAGAAAACAAUGCUUGGAUGGGGUUUCUUGAUCGACUCUAUAUUCAGCGACACCAAACGCUUCGAAUAUAUAACGAAAAUAAUGCCGGAUUCAAUUCAAAUGAUGAGCGCCAUGUUGGAAAUGUUUAUAAUGUUUCAAUGGAAUCGCGUCGCGAUCUACUACACCCCGAAUGUGGUACCAUUCUGCGAAACGAUGGUCAACGAUGUAAUUACGGCGUUUAGCAGCGAUUCCUCGUACGUGGUGGAUGUGGUGCAGAAGGUUACAUGGGAUGGUCAAGACGGUGACUACAUAACUGAUCAACUGCUUCGCACAAAGAAAACUGCAAGAAUAAUCCUGUUGUGUUUGGAUACUCCACAAGUUCGACGCAAAUUCAUGAAGAAAGUCUCCCUUAUGGGAAUGAUCACAGAUGAAUACGUUUAUGUCCUGAUAGGAAUGCGUGGCACUGGAUUU